AAUAGUGCCAUCUUCGAUUUUUAGCAGUUGAUGGCUAGGAAUUGAAACAAUCUGAAAAUAUCGGAAGAUCGAAAAAUCGGUAGUGCAUCAUUUAUUUUUAUACAUUUUUACGAUGUACUUUAUUGUGUUUGUUUGUUGUGUGGGUGUUUUGGUUUCUCUACAUGUUACUUAUGCUGCAACUGUUUCAACCACCGAUACCACUUUGGCUGUUGCCACCACAACUCAAUUAACUCAAACUACUUCAGAAAAAACUCGGUAUGAAAAAGGCUUAGAAGAUUACGAUGAAGAGCAGCAGAGUAUGCGACAGGCCAGAGGAAUGAUGGAUGAUGACAUUGUGUAUCAUGAUGACCAUCAUGAGGAACAUCAAGAAAUGAAGGAAGAGUCAAAGGCAGCUAUUGCAGAUCCAUGGGAAGGCUACUAUGACUUUAUUAUUAACGAGGGCAGUUUUAAGUUUUGGGCUGCUUUUCAGCUGGUAACGGCCGCUCUUUUGAUUUACUCAGCAUUUGCAGCAGUAUAUUAUGCCAAGUUUAAUGUUAUAACGACUGACUACGAUUACUACGAUGAUUUUUAUGGAAGAGGCCGAGCCAACACAGAAUCAUCGUUUUCGAGUUUAUGGUCCGGGUUAUCUUCGCAAACGUUCCAAAGGAUAAUGGAUGCCAUAUCGUCAAAGAAAUACACGUAAAAUGAAUCUUAGUGAGAGUGAAGUGAAAACAACAGACAUUAAUUAAAUUUGUUGUAGAAUUUAAGGCAUAUUCAUUUUUGGCGAAACAGCAACUUGCCAAAUCUAAAUGUGUAUUAAUUGUUUAGCGCCAGAUGAUAGCUCACAGCUGAAACAAAAUGUUAAUUUGUUCCCAUGUUAUUGAUUGGUGGCUAGAUAAUUAAUGAGCGUCAAGCUAACUUGAAACAACCUGUUUUGCUGUAAAUGCAUAAUUAAAUUUAUGAUAAUUUG